UAGCAUUAGUCAGUUUAACACUUAAAUCCUUUUUUGAAGAGUAUUAAUUUUGACAGUCAUAAGUUUGUGUAUUUUGUUUUCAAAACUGACAUGACUACAUUGUUAAUCUUUGUAUUUAUAUAAUCUUUUAUACUCUUAUGUAUUUAUGAAUGAAAGGACGAGAUGGCAAAAUCUAUAAUAACUUAUCCUGGAGAACAAAAACAACUUUGCUGUAAAAAUAUACAACGAAAGAACGUAAUGGUUGCUUUGCCGGGUUGCACUCUUGAUGACUUAGCAGUGGCGGCUUUACCAGAUAGCUGGGUUCCAAAACGUGCUGGCCCUACUCUUACGAACUACCUCAAAGAAAGCAAGAUAAAUCAUGAAAACGUGUUAGAAAAUAUCACAAAAAAUGCUCUUGUAAUCAAUCACAAUAUUGAUUCAAAAAUUCGAGCACUAUCAGAAAAUUUGCUAAUUUACAUCAAGCAUAAUGAACAAGAUUUAAAUUGCGUCGUUGAAAAUCUUAACCGAAAUGGCGAUACUUAUCAGGCCGAGAGAAACAAUGCUCUUAAAUGUGUAAGUAAUUUAUAUUCACGUCAUAUCGGUGAACUUUCUACAUUCAAACGUGAAGCAUUAGCCUUAGAAAGACAGAGAGUUGAUGAAAUAAGGAAAAUAUUACAAGAGCAGUUUCAACGUCUUAUAUGUAUCGGUCAUCGUCCCCCGAGAGACUUGCUUCAUGAGUUUGAUCAGCAGGUAUACGAAAUCAAUCAGCAACUUUUAAGUAAUUCCAGGGCUUACGCAGAAUUAGAGGUUCAACUGCAUGCACAACUUCAUGAACUUAUUAUUGCAAUUAAGUCCAACAUUAAUCAAAUCUGCUUGGGUUAUACUGUAGAAGGUCACAGACAUAGUGCUUAUCCUUGGCAACACGAAGAAAAGAUACCGUAUCGUCGAACUGCUAGUGCUUCAUUCGACAGCAGAGUUGGAAUUAUGAAACACUCCAUAGGCCAAAUAAUAGAUGAUGUACAAGAGUUUGAUGAAUGUGUCUCACUUUUAGUACAAGCAUAUCGAACGGCAGUUAUUAAUAUAUUAAAUGGUUUCACUGGAAAAUUAAGUGAUUUACACAGUCACAUAGGUACUUCAAGCUUUCUGAGGAUGACACCUCAAAGUGAUGUUGGAAUGGACUUGCAAACUGUGAUUGAUCGAAUUUUACUACGGUUGCCGAUAGAUCUGGAAAAACGAACAUCAGGUGAUUCGGUGCGAUCAGAUACUCUAGAAAUGCAGAAAAGUUUAUGGUCAUUGGGAGAAAGGCUCCGAGACACAUAUAAUAUUUUACAUGACUCAGCUCAUCUCUGGGAUGCCCACAUGGUUAGAUCUGCACUCGCGCAAAAAUUAACAAUGGCUUGUGUUGAGGACCUCUUUACUAGUAAUGAUUCUAUUGAACUUGCUAAUGAAGUUACAUACAAUAUUGCCUUGGAACAGUUGCGAUCCGUAUCAGACGUUGAUAAAUUACAACAACAGUAUGAUAUCGUUUUAGCAAUGCUUGACCGAGCUGCUGAUCUUUAUAAACAACAUGGUGAUUCUGAAUCAAAACGGUUGGAAUGUUUUAUGGAUUUUCCAGAAGUGAUGACCAACGUACUAAUAUCUGAAUAUAAUUGUUUCCUAGAAAAGUUUCCGAGAGCACCAGUUCCCAUAUCAGAUACUGGUUUGAGACAAACUAACGAGUUAUUCGAAAAUACUCACAGGUUAGAUGUUAAUUCAUUGCAAACGCCAUUACCACGGGCAAUAUUACAGACAGAGUUGCAAGGCUUAUAUUUGUUAAAUUGGAGAAAUGGUUUUCUUGAAACAUUUGCAAAUAAUGUAUCAUAUUUGCGCGAGGAACUUAUACACCAUGUUAGGAUGUGGAUAGACGAAAAAGCGCGAACGUUACACAUGCGUCAUUCACUGAAACUUAUCUCUCAUAGCAUACGAAAGGAACGGGUAAAAGCUGCUUACAAUCUACGUCUGGCAGAAUUAAAACAUCACGAUUUACGUUUGGAAUCACAUCUCAGUGCCGUUUACGAAUUAGUUGAAAGCUUGCCUUUUAUUGCCGCCGAUUACUUGUCUCUAGAUGCUCAAGAGCUGUAUCCUUUCAGUGUAUGGAUAGAUAGAAUCAGAGAUAAUAUAGAUGCUCUUAUGACUCAAGGUCCGAUCGAUGCUGAAGUAGUGAGAUUGAAAAUGUGCAGUUACGCCCUGCGCUUAACCAAACAUCGAAUGCUUUUUGAAAAUUCACUCAACGCGGCCAUUGAAAUUUGCAAAAAGCAAAUGGAAAACCGAAUACAGGAAGCUCGUAUUUCUAACGUCCGUUUCGCGUCGCAUCUUAAACUUCAUAGUGAAGGUGGACGUUAUUCGGCGCAAGAGGCAACUAAAGCUCGUGCAUCUUUAAUGAAAAGCGCAGACGCUAUAGAAUCAUGCUUGUCUCGUGCCUUUGACUCUCUAAAUCAUCGCCGAUCCCAAAUAUUAAUUCUUGCGGAUCAGAAAUUGUACCCAAUUCAAAAGAUUGUUGACGAAUUUGUGAAGCCUGUGAAAUCUAGCUCUAAAGGAAUGGCUGAUAAACGCAAACCUACGGGAAAGAAAAAGUAAGAAUGGGAAACAUGUUCUUGUGAAAUGAUAGAAAAAGAAAUUAUUUACGUUGUUCUCAAUUAAAAGAAGUAUAAAAAUAAAAUGUAACUAGCUAUCAAUAUGGAAUAGUGAUAAUGUCUCUUUUAUAUUAAGUGUUGCAUUUAAAUUUAUCUUUGUGCAAUUUAGAGAAGAAGGGUUGGAUACUGAUGAUAUAUUACAAACACAAUGUCUUUUAUUGAAUAAAAAAUAAAUUUCCAAUCUGUAAUGUUAUUUGUUCAAACAUUUACGUUUGAAAUCUUAACAGAUAUAAGUUAAUUAAAUAUCCACAUUCACAUAACUGUUAAAAGCGAAAUAAGUAUUCAUCCAUUCACACCAAAUAAAUAAGCAGGAUCAGUCCGCGGUGCUGUCUGCUUAGGAUUCAGUUUGUACGGCUCUCUGUAAAUAUAAAAUCGCAGAAAAUUACUAUUAUAGUAAGAAUUAUUGUUCUUCAUGGUCCGAGCAGAAAGCAACUAUGUGGUUAAAAUUUAUUUUCCGUAAAUCAUAUAAAUAAUCCACUAUACCAUUCAUAGGGAA